AUUAACCUAAUUUAACCUUACAGCGUCCUUCUUGGGGUGGGGGUGGGGAUGGGGAGCAGAUACCAUCCUCAUUUUUUUUUUUUUUUACAUAAUAGAGGCCCCCCAGGAGGCUAAGUGACCCAAUCACACACAAACAGCAACUCAAAGGCUGAGUCGGGAACUGGCUUGGUCUCAGGCCCUCCCCCUAGCCCAGCUACUUCCUCCUAAGUAUCUCUAAGCACUCAGUUUCUUGGGCCUUUAGUUUUAGCACCUGGGCUGCAAUGCUCACGCUCAUAGUCUCGCCAUUUCCACCAUCCGCACUUGGAAGUGAAACCGCACACCCCAGAUUGGGAUUCGAACCCACAGUCUCUGGCUUAGUGGGGGACUCGAACCCACAGUCUCCCAGCUGAAACCGCACACCUCAUCUCAGGACUUAAUGAAGUUCAGAUUCUUUAGGUCUCCGCACAGGAGGAAUUCAGCGAGAGGCAAAGUGAUAGUCAAUAUUCUUAUUGGUCCAUCUUUGGCCAGUGGAACCACUCAACGUUCCUUCUACUCAAAUAUCUUUGAUGGCUUAUCUUCUGAAAUAAUAAGACGUUCCAGGAUCACGUUGUACUUUGCCUGCCCCAGACCUGGAAACAGACUUUUCUUCAAGGAGCUCUGGUUCCUUUUACUUGGAAAUGAAGACACCUACUUUUGAUGCAAUGUAAAGAGCGAUGAUUUCAAAAGAGACUCCAAGGAGGUGUACCUUUGGGCAAUGGGCAGCGUUUGUUGAGUGAUACGCCAGGAAGGGACCCUGAGCCAGCUCUUCAUUUACAGAUGAGCAAACAGAGUUAUCAGCCACAAUCGGAGCUACGUGGCCGGGUCAGGAGGGCAAGGCUCUGGGACACCUUCCCCAGGGUGUGACCUUUGACAAGUCAGGCCCUCGCCCUGGCAUCCCUUCCAGCCGGAUAUUCUGCGGCUCCAGGUAGGGAUUCCACAGCUGGGUGGUUUUAAGCCACCAGGUGCGUGAAAAGCUGCGGGAUGCUGUUCCUGCUGCUGCAUGCGGUGGUCCUCGGCCUGCCCAGCGCCCGGGCCGCCGAGGACGCCUGCGCGAGCGCCUGCCCGGCCGCCUGCGUCUGCAGCAGCGUGGAGCGCGGCUGCUCGGUGCGCUGCGACCGCGCGGGCCUCUUGCGGGUGCCGGCCGAGUUCCCGUGCGAGGCGGCCUCCAUCGACCUGGACCGCAAUGGCCUGCGCUUCCUGGGCGAGCGGGCCUUCGGCACGCUGCCGUCGCUGCGCCGCCUGUCGCUGCGCCACAACAACCUGUCCUUCAUCACGCCUGGCGCCUUCAAGGGCCUGCCGCGUCUGGCCGAGCUGCGCCUGGCGCACAACGGCGAUCUGCGCUACCUGCAUGCGCGCACCUUCGCCGCCCUCGGCCGCCUGCGGCGCCUUGACCUGGCCGCCUGCCGCCUCUUCAGCGUGCCCGAGCGCCUCCUGGCCGAGCUGCCCGCCCUGCGCGAGCUCGCCGCCUUCGACAACCUGUUCCGCCGCGUGCCCGGCGCUCUGCGCGGCCUAGCCAACUUGACGCAUGCGUACCUGGAGCGCAGCCGCAUCGAGGCCGUGGCCUCCAGCUCGCUGCUGGGUCUGCGCCGCCUGCGGUCGCUCAGCCUGCAGGCCAACCGCGUCCGCGCCGUGCACGGCGGCGCCUUCCGCGACUGCAGCGCCCUGGAGCAUCUGCUGCUCAACGACAACCUGCUGGCCGCGCUGCCGGCCGACGCCUUCCUCGGCCUCCGCCGCCUGCGCACGCUCAACCUGGGCGGCAACGCGCUGGGCCGCGUGGCGCACGCCUGGUUCGCCGAGCUGGCUGAGCUCGAGCUGCUCUACUUGGACCGCAACCGCAUCGCCUUCGUGGAAGAGGGCGCCUUCCAGAACCUCUCGGGCCUCCUGGCCCUGCAUCUCAACGGCAACCAUCUCACCGUGCUCGCCUGGGCAGCCUUCCAGCCCGGCUUCUUCCUGGGCCACCUCUUCCUCUUCCGCAACCCAUGGCGCUGCGACUGUCGCCUGGAGUGGCUGCGGGACUGGAUGGAGAGCUUUGGGCGCGCCGCCGACGUGCCGUGCGCCUCCCCGGGCUCCGUGGCCGGCCUGGACCUCCGCCAGGUGGCCUUUGGGCGUUCCGCCGACGGCCUCUGUGUGGACCCCGAGGAGCUGAACUUCACUGCGUCCAGUCCAGGUCCGUCUCCAGAGCCAGCAGCCACCACAGUGAGCAGGUUCAGCAGCCUCCUCUCCAAGCUGCUGGCCCCGAGGGCCCCGGUGGCGGAGGCGGCCAAUACCACUGAGGGGCCGGUCAACGCCUCGCUGUCUGACAGCCUUCUCUCUCGGGGGGUGGGCAGCUCGGGCCACAAGACACCGUUUCUCCUGGGCUCUGGUCUUCUGCUCAGCAUGGCCCAGCACGUGGUGUUUGUCCUCCAGAUGGACUGACUGUGCCACCCUGGGGUGGCCCAGAUUGCCUUGCCAGGCAAGGGAGUUUAGUUAACUGGGCUUGAUGGUGGUUGGUGUGGGGAGAGGGGAACAGGAUGGGGGUGGGGGUGAAAAUUACAGCGGAGGG